AUGAGCUACCCGCAGCUCGCGCAUGUGCUUAGAGUACCUGCAUCUGUGGUACAUCCGAUGGCGGCCCUCUCUGCGCUGGUCCAUGGCUCGUGCGAGGCUCUGGCGCGGGUGCAGAGCGUGGAAGAGCUGGGAGCGAGCGCUGUUGUGCCAUCACUGGUGCUGGAGGGCGGUUUCGGGCGGACGCUGGUGGUGGCCGAGUCCAUGCCGGAUGACGAGUCGAUGGGCUCGGACGCGCGGCUACUGGCGUUGAUUGCGUCGCUGGGGGCGAUGGCGCGUGGGGCGCCGCCUGCGGCAACACACGUUCUUGUCCGGGUCCUCACCGCAGACUCACCGUACACGUCUGCGGCUGUGGCGGCGCUUGGGGUCUCGCAGUCGAUUGCGUCGCGUCGCGGCGGGCUGUCGUCGAUUGACCGGCUGGCACUUCCGUUCAAGACGGACGCGGCGGCGGCGCCGAUGAGCCGGAGCGAGCGGGCGCGGGCGCUGGAUGAUCUGGCGCUGGAACGGCAAGCCGCAGCACGAGGCCCGCUGGACAUGGCCAUCAUUCCGCUGUGGUUCUGGAACCUUUGCUCGCUGCCUGAGGAGUUUAUACCACAGCUCCGGGCGUCGACACCGGGGACGGCGAUUGUGGUGAUGACUGAUGACGUGCAUGCGCGGCGGAGAGCGAUGCUUGCGGUUGCGCGCGAAGCCGAGGGCGACGCGCUGGCGGCGGUGCGGGCGCAGGUGGGCUUGCCGGCGCAGGCGACGCUCGACGACGAGAUCUGGCAGCGGGAGCUUGCAAUAUAUGCGGCAGCCGACGCGGUGGCGGCAGUGACCAAGGCGGAUGCAGCGCUGUUGGAUGAGCUGCUUGCGUCGAGCGGGGUCACGACGCCGGUACAUGUGCUCCCGUUCACGGCAUGGAGAUGCCCCGAGGAUGAGCCGCAGGCACCGCGCGGAGCGCGAUCGGGCCUGCUGUUUGUGGGCGGCUCAGCCAACGACGGCAACGUGGCUGCGCUCGAAUGGCUGGUUGACGCGGUGGUGCCGUACCUUGCAGCGCGGCGCGACGCGGUGCUCUCUGUGGUGGGCGCGAUCGACAGCGAGACGAUGUCGCGGCUUCUGGAGCGGGUGCCUGUGGGACGGGUGGUGUUCCUCGGCCCGCUACCCGGAUGGCAUCUAGAGCAAGUACUUGCGCGGGUGGCGGUUUUUGUCUCGCCAGUGGUGACGAGCUCGGGCAUUUCGACCAAGAACGUGAUGGCGAUGCAGCGCGGGGUGCCGCUGGUGACGACGCCGUGGGGCGCGGCGGGCUUGGGUCCGGACCCGCCGGUGCUUGUGGCAGAGACGGCGUCGAUGUUUGUGGGUGCGAUCCUGGACCUGCUCUCGGACGAGGCGCUGUGGAGCGGGCUGUCUCUGGCGUCUGUGGAGCACGUGCGGUCUGCGCUCGGGCCGGACAAGGCGUUUGAUGCGCUUGUGGAGCUGAUGAUGAGCAUUCGCAUCAACCGCGAGCGGCACAUCCCGAGCGACUUGCCUGCCACGUCGGUCUGCGACUCGGAAGGCAACCUGUGUUCCAGCGCCACAGUCAUGGCCGAGUUUGUGACGUGGAUUUGGGAGUCUGUGAGCUCUGCGCUUGUAUUCCUGGGGCUCUCGAGGUCGCGCGAGCGCAAGGUUGUGUUUGUGGGACUAGACGCGGCGGGGAAGACGAGCUUGAUGGAAGUGCUGACGACGGGGAGGCUCUCGACGCACCAGCCGACGAUCCAGCCGUCGAGCCACGAGGUGACACUGGGCGCGCUGACGUUGCGCGCGGUCGAUGUUGGUGGGCACAAGCAAGCGCGGCGGGUGUGGGGCGAGUACUUUUUCGGCGUCGACGGCGUGGUGUUCCUUGUCGAUGCCGCGGACGCAAGCCGGUUUGAAGAGGCGAGUACCGAGCUGCUCGGCGUGCUCGACAACGAGCACCUGGCCGACGCGCCGGUGGUUGUCCUUGCGAACAAGGUCGACGAGGCGUGGGCGGCUGGGCCGGAAGACAUGGCAGUCGCGCUUGGGAUCUCGGCGAUGCUCACCGGAGCUGAUGACGAGCAGCUCGGCGACAGCGUCCGUCCGCUGCACAUCUUCCCAUGCUCGCUCAAGCUCCGCCAGGGCUACGGGGCGGGCCUCAACUGGCUGGCAGCGCACAUGAGCAAGUAAACGACUACGAGGGACGG